AUGAUGAACGUCAAGCAGGCGAAGGCGUGGGAGGACAUCUCCCUGUGCCGCUCCGUGUCCACCAUCAGCAGCUCUGCCUCCACCGCUGAGGCCACGGCUGGUAACGACAUAUCUUCGUUCCUGUUUGACGACUACCGUGAUGAUCCCUUUUCUACCAAGUCCCGCUGCAAGCACUGGCUGUCGGUGGGCCACCUGAGCCUCACCACCACCGAUGCGGAGCUCAAGUCUCUCUUUUACCCGUACGGCGCCGACGAGGCUUUCACAGCAUGGGAGGGGGCGAUUAUGACGGGAUUUGUCGGAUUCGACUCACCCGAGAUGGCGGACCUGGCAGCGCAGAAAAUGCACGCCUUCAUUCCUCUGGGACAGUCGCAGGCGCUGAUGGUGCACGCGGUGACACUGGAGGAGGUGUCGCAGGCUCGCUCCAAGAGUCCCAAAUCGUUGCUGGCGGUGCUGUACAGUGAGUGCGCCACGCAGGGUAUCAGCGCCAUGAUUCGGCGCAGCAAGUCCCCUGUGACCGUGGCCAGGGACCUGGCGAUGGAGGUGGCGCGCGCCUCUCCAGUGGUUCUGCAGCGUAUCUUGGCGGCCUUGUCUGACCUCUCCCCGCAGUGGGUCGGCUUUUCCUCCUUCACCGAGGAGCUGCUCAAGUCACUACUGGGGUCACUGCUGGAGGCAGGCGAGCUGAAUGCUGCGCAGACCAUCAACUGCGGCUCCGUGGUUGGUAAUCUCUUCCAGAUGAAAAUGAUCACCAGCGACCCGUACUACCUGGCAGGACGACUGCUGCAAAAGUCUGGGCACAGGCUGGGGCAGCUUGAGGGCAUUUGCGCGCUGGCGCACACAUGCGCGAUGCUCCCUAACUGCCACAUAUCUAGGGCUUCUUUCUGGGCUCAGGUGGCGGAUAUCGCCACGAAGGUGACGGACCCGGAAACAAGUCAUGCUCUCCUCGGUCACCUCCGUCGCUACACCAAGACAAGUGCACACCUCGCAACCACUGCCACCAGUUUGCUGUCGUCAUCUGUACCCUCUCCGUCGGUGUUCUCGACGAUGCCGUAUGCCCCUGCAACCGCGACGCGGCAGCAGGUGGUACACCAGCACGUGUCUCCACAGCAGCCACGUCAGGACGAGAUGAAGCGCCGCACCAUCUACGUCUCUCACUUGCCUGGCCUCCUGCCGCAGAGCAUGCUGCUUGAGCUCCUUACCACAGCUGGCCCUGUCAACAAGGUGCGCAUCUGCGCUGGAGCUGGCUACUGCACGCUGUUUGCCUUUGUGGAGAUGCGCACACUGGAGGGGGCGCAGCGGGCCAUGUGCAUGAACGGCCUUCAGCUGAUGGGGUUUGCCAUCCGUGUGCAGACGGCCCGCAACGCGGUGCAGGACGUGCUCGAGGGGGAUGCACGGUUCGACGCGAAUGGGGCUUUGAUUCAGCCGUGCCUCUUUGGCAUGUCUCAUGCCCCGCUGUCCAAGUGCCUGAACCCCGCCGAAUGGACCCACUGA